AUGGACCUCGAGAAGGCCUGCCUCGAGCUGCCCUUCACCAUCGCGCUCCUGCUCGCGUUCUCCGCCUUCGCCAUCCUUGCACUCAGACAGGACAUCGUCUACUCGGUGGAACACGCCAUCUCCAAGGACCUGGAAAAGAACGCCAACUUCGCCUUCAGCGAGCACAUGGGGCACAAGGAGCUGAGGGACGUGCAGACGGUGGCGGACUUUUGGUCCUGGCUGCGCCUGGGCUUUCUGCCGCAGGUGGCGCGCCCGGUCUGGGCCUAUUCAGAGGGCCGUGUCGGGAGCGUCUUCGACUUAGACCUCAACCAGACCUGGCGCCUGAAUGAUUUUGGGAACGAGCCGCUCCCGCUCCCGGGCGAGUACUUGCACUUCAACCGGGUCGUUGGGGGCCUGCGGUUCCGCCAGCGCGCCAGCGCUGCGUCCAGUUGCCGAUUCCCCGGCACCGGGGAUGCCUGGCAGAGGUGGUAUGGGAAGCCCUGCAUGCCCAACUACCAGGAGAUUUUCUUCACACCCGAGGUGGAUGAUGCCGAGGUCUUUGCUGAUGCGGUGCGGAUCGAAUGGAUGCUGCCGGGAUUGGACGACUACGACAGGAUGCACUCGCAGGUCAUAGAUAUGGAGGACGGCUGCAGGCAGAUGGCUGCGAAGAAUCGCACAGAGUGCCUUUGUGAGUCCUGCCUUGCCGAAAAGUUGCCCUGGCUGCGGGAGGACGCCCAGCGCGCGGAGGUGAGCAUGAUCACCUACAAUGCGCACUAUGGUCUCCUGACUCACACAGGCGUGAACUUCUGGUUUCUCCGCGGCGGUCGCAUCCGGAAGCGGGUGGAGAUGAAGUCGCUGUGGGUCAACUCCGACCAGCUCAUCGCCGAGAAUGCCCUCUACAUGGUCUUCGCGAUCGUUUGGGGCGUGCUGCUGCUGUGGAUCUUCCUUUCGGAGGUGCGCGAGAUUGCCGUGAUCCUGGUCACUGACGAUGAGUCCUGGUACAAGGCGUUGAUCAAGGAGUACUUUAGCUUCGCCAACUCGGUGGAUUGGCUCUCCAUCAUCGUGGCGAACGUGCUUUUGGUGAUUUUCUUUGUGCUGGCCUUCCAGAUCGCAGGGCUCCAGGCCUCGAUGGACGAGCUGGUGCGGGGGGAGUUGGGCACCCGCCAGGCCUACUUGGGCCUGGUGGUGAGCUUCUACGAAGAGUACGAUGCAACAUACAGACAGGUGUACACCUAUCGCCUUUUCCUGUGCUUGUAUCCUCUCAUGCUGGUCCUGCGUCUGCUGAAGUCCUUCGACGCACAGCCGCGGCUGGCGAUCAUCACUGAGACGCUGCGCUCGGCGUCUCAGGACAUGAUCCAUUUCAGCUUGGUGCUCUCCGCGGUCGUGACGUGUCUCUGCCUGGAUGCUGUGCUCAUCUUCGGCCGGGACAUCGAGGACCUGGCCAACUUGGCGCGGGCUUUUCACUUCGCCUUCAGGAUGGUCUUUGCCGAAGACGGCUCGUACUACUACAAGUUGGAGCAGGUGUCGCGCAUGGCCACGUACACCUGGUUCACCAGCUUCACUGUGCUUGUGGUAAUCAUCUUGCUGAACAUGUUGCUGGCAAUCAUCAUGGACAAUUACAUGAUGGUCAAGAAGCGUGCCACGAUGCGGGCCUCCUUGCCGCACCAGAUGCGAGAGAUGUGGCGGCGCUGGCGCAUGAAUCGGAACAAGGAGCGGGUGCGUCUGGAAGAGAUCUGGGCGGCCUUUGCGGAGGACGCGGUGUGGAACCGAAAGGCCAUGUGUCAGAGCAACCGCCUCAUCACCUCCACCUUCCUGCUGGAUCUGGUUCCGGGCCUACCGCCCUCACAGGCUGAGAGGACAUUGCACAACUCCCGGAAGGAGCACCUCAAGGAGACGGAGCCCCCCUUCCAGCUGAGUGAUGCCCACGACAUGCUCUCGGGACUUGAGGCGGCCACCCGGAAGAUCCGGAACGGGCUCUAUUUCACCUUCGACGUGGUCCACUACUUCGACUCCAGACCCGUGCCCGGGAUGGGGGACUUGGUCACGGAUACUCACGAGAAAGCCAUCUUCAAGCUGGCGCUGAACGAGGCCGUGGACGAAGAGGAGGACCUCGCCGCAUUUGCGGCGCGCGCGGCCCGGGAGGAGAAGGACAGCGAGAGGACUGUGGUGGCCUUCGUGGAGGACCAGGCGGCGCGGCUGUCCUCGGAGGUGGCGGAGACCUUGGCGCAGAGUCUGCAGGUGCUGGAAGCGCGCCAGGCGCGCAUUGAGGAGCGAGAGGAGUCCAUGGCGGUGGCUGUGCGUCAGAUGCAUGGGCGCCUGCUGCAACUGCAAGGCGACGCCAAGAUGGUGGCUCGGCGCCUGGAGAAGGCGCUCUUCAUUCGUCAGCAGAUCACGGAGGCUUGCCACGGCCGCUUGAGUUUGGCGGAGACCUUUUGGAAUGCUACAAAAGGGCAUAGAUGA